UUUGGGUUUCACGACUAAAGAUCUGAUUCCAUAUAUAUAAAGCUACUCGUUGCCGUUCUCUCACAUUCCCCGAUCGAAAUUCUCUUUACUCUCUAGGGUUCAACUCUAAUGGCGGAGGAGAGAUCAACUGGUGUGGUUCAGUGGUUCAGCGAUUCCAAAGGCUUUGGCUUUAUCAAGCCGGACGAUGGAGGGGAAGAUCUCUUCGUUCAUCAAUCUUCCAUCAGAUCCGAAGGAUAUCGUAGUCUUGUAGAAGGCGAUCGUGUCGAGUUCGUGAUUGCCUCUGGCGACAACGACAAAACCAAAGCUAUCGAUGUUACUGGCCCCGAUGGAGCUCCUCUACAGUCCAAGAAAGACAAUUACGGUGGUCGCGAUGGGGGCUAUGGCUUUAGCGGUGGAUGGAGAGGCGGGGAUAGGCGUAACAGUGGGGGAGCUAGCGGUGCUGGUUGCUAUCAGUGCGGCGAUGUUGGCCACUUAGCCAGAGAUUGCAACCGCGGCAAUAAUGCCGGUGGCCCAUCUUGUUUUAAAUGUGGCGAAGUUGGGCACUUGGCUAGGGACUGUUCACUUGGAAAUAAUGGCGGCGGCGGCGGGGCUUGCUUUAGGUGUCAUGAGUAUGGGCAUAUGGCGCGGGACUGCACCAGGGGAAGCGGUGGGAGCGGUGGAGGUUGCUUCACAUGUGGUGAAGUGGGUCACUUGGCCAGGGAUUGCACCAAGGACAGCGGAAGGUAUGGAGGCGGCGGCGGCGGCGGCGGCACCCGAGGAAAUACAUGCUUUAAUUGUGGGAGGCGUGGGCAUUUUGCGCGAGACUGCCCUGAAGCCUCUGCAUGAUAUAAACUUAGUAGAAAGAAAAGGAGAACUUAUUCUCUCGCUCUGUUUUUUGGGUUGACAAUUUAUCUUCUUCUCCUUUUUUUUUUUCUGGCUCCUUUUGAAAUUUAUACAUAGGUUGUCCAUGCAAAGGAUUAUGACUUUUGUUCUGGUAUCAGCGAUAAGCUAAUUUGUUACUGCUUGACCGGCAAUUUUCCGCAAAUUGCUCGACUAGAGGAGGAACAGAAUUCCUCUGUUACUUCCUUUUUUUCAUCAAUGACUAUGAGAUAAAUUUCUAAUUUAGCAGUUA